UCUUUCAUCCUCGCUCAAAUUAAUGGGGUAAUCGUCGCUUUCUCGGUCCGAAUCUCUCUCUCGCUGCAUUGAAAACAAUGGGAAAAUGUGAGCAGCCCUUCCUCCUGUGACGUCACGCUACGUCCAGUAGGGGCAAGGCUUUUUUUUAUCAGAGACCAAAAGUUGCGAACUUUAUCGUCGUUGUUCUAUACUAAAUCAUUUCAGCAAAAAUACGGCAAUAUCGCGAAAUGAUCAAGUAUGACACAUAGAAUGGAUCUGCUAUCCCCGUUUAAUCAAAAAAAAAUUCACUUCAGUAGGCCUUUAAAGGUAAUGAAGCUACAAUUUUUAGCAUUGGCUAAUACGCUAACACGUUUACAUGUGUCUUUGUCAGUAUUAUUAACUUACAAUGGCAUUCUUUUUGCAUUGUUUCAGUUUCAUAAAUUCACCAAAACAUCACCGUAGAGUUAUUGAGUCUGUUUAGCUCAUUGAGAGCUAGCUUCCACAGCUAGUGGGCCCAUGAAGAUAACUUAUAUUUUGUUUGAUCGGCCGUUUUACUGCCGUGUUAAAGGUACCGUUUGGAAACAAUUAAGGUAUGUAAAUAAACAUUUACAAAAUCUUCCUGAAUAAAUAACUCAUUUUACAAUGUAUAUCUGUGGCUUAUAGUCUGGUGGGGGGUAAUAUACUGGUGCGCUCUAAUAAAGAGACCUCCUUCUUGCACUUUGCAUACCUCCUGUGCAUCAUGUGUGUGUUCACUAUGCACCACUUGAACACAAAUCUUUUCAAAACAGGUUACAGGUUACAAAAGCUCCUCUUGGUUGCUGACGUAUGACGUAUAUGAGCAGCGAGGGAGCCGGAGAUGGUCUAUAAACCUCAUUUAAAAAUUCAUUGUUAAAUUCAUUGUUGUUGAUUUUUGUAAAUUAGGAAUCGAUUUUGAAUUGGAAUCAAUAAGAACUGCAAUUUGGAUGUGAACCACUACUGUUUGUAUACUAUUGUUCCCAAAAAUCAUUAUUUUGUUUUUCUACCUGUCACUAAGAAAUCCAAACAAAGGGGCUCCACACAUAACGCCAAUGAAGAAUAUGGUGGCUGUUGCCUUGUUCAUGCUUUUCCGGCUGCACACAAGAUCCCACUGUGAACCAACAAAAAGUUGACACGAUAAAAAAGGUGUAAUAUAAGAAUAUUUUAAUAUAUGACGAGUGGAACAAAGGUAAAUACCAUCAAAUAUCCAGUAUUUACAUGCUGUAAUGGUAAUCAGUACAAUAGCGCACCAUUUGUAUGGUUAGCUGGGUAACUAAGUUUCUGCUGGUAUUAAAAGUUCCGGGAAAGUGGUAUAUUAGAAUUCAUUUUGAAAAUACUGCACAUUCAUAAAUAGUUAAAAUAACUUACCUCAGUUGCCAGUGUCGAUUUAAAAUCACUGUUGUUGUACACCCAUCCAUUCUGACACUCAACAAGUACUGCAUCCCUACUGCUGUUCAACAGGUGUGGAUGUGAAAACAUCAGACAGGAACUUAGUGUCCCAUCUUCCUCUAGUGGAAUACUAACCGCCAGCUUCUGUUCCAGUGUCAAAUUCAGAGAGAUGCUUUCAUUAUCCAGAGCGCUGAUGUUGCAGCGGUGAGAGGGAAUCCCUGCCAUGAAGUUAUUCAGCAGGAAGUGACACGGCAAAGUGAUCCGAGACAGGACCUGAAUUAGGACUAACCUGAUUUGGAAUUUUCCAAAGCCAUUGAUUUCUGAGAGAAUGUUGUCAAAUUUCAUUUUGACAGACUCAUGUGCUCCAAGUAGAAGGCAUGAAGUGAAAGCCUGCUCUCUGCAAGAUACAUUUACCAUCCCUAUGUUAAUCAUUACAACUACCCAUACUCAUACUCUUUUUUUUUAAAUAUAUAUAUAAUUAACUUUUGUAAAGUUGGUGCAGCUAAACUUGAUAUAAUAACUUAAAUUUUGUGCUGUUCACAGAAAUCAUCUGAUACUGAUCGAUAUUCGAUCAAUCGGCACAUCCCUUGUUUAAAUGUAUUGACAUUUUUUUGAUUUUUAGAAUUACCAAACCCUAUAAUUCACACAUAUUUAACCAAUCUUAUUAAAAUAAUGUGCAGCCUCACAACUUUGUCCAAUCACUGCAACUUCACCGCACAUAGGGGACAAUCAUGGUCAUUUUCGCCAAAUCAAAUUUGUAACAAUAUCUGAAGUCUUUAUUGCUGUAACACAGUGGUUCUCAGUUAUUUUCUGCCCCCACUAGGAAAUAAUUUCGCAUCCCUCCCCACCCCCACCUACACUUCCCUGCUGCUUUAAAUGGUAUAAGUUGUCUAUACAAUUGUUAUAAGUACACCUCUGCAUAACAUUAUAUCUGUGAUGAUUACCUGCUGUCUGGUGUGUUCGCUCUCCUCGCCUCUCUCUCUCUCUCGUCCUACAGUCGGACGAUCCUCAGGUGGCAUUGAUUCUGGGCACACUGGCCACUAAUUACAACAGGGCUAUUUAAGCUGAUUAGUGGCAGCUGGGAGACGUCGGUUCCACAUGCCUAGCCCUCCCGUUCCUGUUCAGACGUCAUUCUUCGCCGCUGGCUUUUUUCCUGUGACUCGCUCCUUCCCGCGUUGGCACCGAUGUCUCCCUCCUGUACAGUUGGCCUCGCUGUGCCCGUGGCUCUUCAAUGUCUAGAAGCGCAUGUAUGAAGAUGCCCUGUGGCUGAUCGUGACCAUGCUUUCAACAAAGCGCUCGGCAGGAGCGUGGGGAUGAAAUGGACGGAGCCAAAGGCCAAAGCACUGCACCAGCCCGGCAUGUCCAACGGCAGCAAGUCCCCCCCGCAGUCCGGAGAAGCUGCGAGCUCUAACCCAAUGGCAUGGGUUAAGAUGUUUAAGAAACCCGGAGGUGGAGGAGGCUUGAAGAAAUCUUACCAGCCUGGCAGCAUGUUGUCUCUCGCACUCACCAAAGGCCUCCUGAAUGAACCGGGACAGAAUAGCUGCUUCCUAAACAGCGCUGUUCAGGUGCUUUGGCAGCUGGACAUUUUCAGGAGAAGUUUGCGGCACCUUUCCGGGCACUUUUGCCUUGGUGAUUCCUGCAUUUUCUGCGCAUUGAAGAGCAUAUUCAGCCAGUUCCAGCAGAGUCGUGAGCGUGUGCUGCAAUCGGACAGCCUGCGGAACGCCCUCGCCGAAACAUUCAAGGACGAGCAACGCUUCCAACUUGGCCUCAUGGACGACGCUGCCGAGUGCUUUGAAAACAUCUUGGAGCGCAUUCAUCUGCACAUUGUCUCAGACACUGCGACAGAUUCCUGUUCAUCCAAAUCCUGCAUUACUCAUCAGAAAUUUGCAAUGAUGCUUUAUGAACAGUUUGUGUGCCGCUGCUGCGGUGCGUCAUCAGACCCUCACCCGUUCACAGAGUUAGUACACUACGUCUCAACCACUGCUCUAUGCCAACAGGUGGAUCGCACAACGGGGAGGACCGAGCGUCUCAGGUCAGACAUGUUUGGAGAAUUGCUGCAGGCAGCAAACAACACAGGCGACCUCCGCAGCUGCCCCCGAGACUGCGGUCAAAGCAUCAAGAUUCGCCGUGUUCUCAUGAACUGCCCGGAGAUCGUCACUAUCGGAUUUGUUUGGGAUGCGGAGCAAUCCGAUCUGACAGACGACGUCAUUCGGUCACUUGGCCCACGUUUGAAUUUGUGUGGGCUUUUCAACCGCGUCACAGAUGAAAAUGCCAAACGGAGCGAGCUACAUCUAGUGGGGAUGAUCUGUUUCUCCAGCAAACAUUAUUCGGCCUUUGCCUAUCACACCAAAUCUUCAAAGUGGAUGUUUUUUGAUGACGCUACUGUGAAAGAGAUCGGAUCCAAAUGGAAAGAUGUCACUUCUAAAUGCGUCAGGGGACAUUUUCAACCACUUCUUCUGUUUUACACCAAUCCUGAAGGGACGGCGGUGUCUAACGAGGAUGCUCCAAGACAGACCACAAUGUGUCCUCGAUACAAAGGCCAAGUAAACGGUGACGUAACUGUGAAAAAUCCCCUUGGAAGUCCAAACAGAUUCCAGGAUCCUUUUACGGAGAAUCUGCAGAGACCGGGUGAAACAACAAAAAAGGACAGAGUACACAGAAGAAUAGACGCGUCCCAACAUAAAGAUAUGACACAUACACGAUCGGCCUCUUCUCCUGAGAAUGGGCCGAGGGAACAAAAAUGUAAAAGCUAUCCACGCAAUGAGAGGUCAGUGAUUCAUUCCAGCAGAGCAUCUCAGGAACCACGUGGACAAUCUCGGCCAACACAGGGUGGCGGGCACUCUAAGAAGAACCACUUAUCUCCCAGUCGUUCCGAUCAGGACAGCCCGCAGGAUCAGUGGGAAAAUGGCGGCAGUGGAGGGGGCCGGAAUAAAGCAAAGUCCACUUGGAGACCCAUUCGCGAAGUGCUCAAUGUGGACACGGUGCUCAACGAACUGGAGCAACGCCGGCAACAGCAACACGACAGCCCUCGACACACGAAGACCUCGUCUCAGGAACGGACGCAUGCCGAACAAAGUCGGGACCGCGAGCGAGAACAUGUACGGACCAGAGACGACCGUAAGCAGAAGUGUUUGAUGACCAUCUACGAGGACGAGCAGCGACAUGAGACUGAGAGCCACAGCUCAGUGGAGUCGGACAGCAGGGUCACCCAGCAGAGGGGCAGCAGACUGACAGGUGGUGCCAAAACGCUGCUGAGGAGCGACACCUGGACAAUUCAAAGGACAGAGUCGGGCUAUGAGAGCAGCGACCGGCUCAGCAGUGGCUCCACAAAUCCCGACUCGCCGGGCGUUGAUGGAUUCGCUGUCAAGGAGCAGCGGGCAACAACAGAAACCCAGUUACAAAGCCAGCUGCACCCUAAGGGAGGAGAUGCAAAAUCGAGUCUAACGUCCUCACCGUCACACAAUGGUAAAUAUCAGGCAAAACCUCAGGGAAAGAACCAUGACCCAGUUUCGCAUUCACAUCUAAAGUGCAGUCCAAAUUCAAGGCGCAAGUCCAAGUACACUUCCAGCAACAGCAGAAAGGCUUCAGAGCGAGAGUGCGUGGCUCCAGAUAACAGGCAGAGCGAGCAGCAGGAGGUGACAAGCAGUCGAGGCCAUGCGGGGGAAAGCGCGGCCCCAAGGCACGUCACAAAGACCAGCAGCUCGGAGUGGAACAGCUCAGAUGACCUUGCUCUCUCCGAGCCUGAGGAAAGAGAGACUUACCGCUCCAACGACGCUGCCGCCCCCAACUCGCAGUGUCCUCACGUCCCCCUGGCCUAUCAUCCCCCCGGCAACGCCGCCACAGAACCUCUCCAGCUGAGCAGUCAGCAUCAGCUCAGCACGGCAGGCUCUCCUCAUCUCCGACCCGGCCAGCGGCUCUCCCCUCAUCAGGGCGAAACAAGCGAGGCCGUGUUCCGCUCCAGGACACUUCAAGAACCCUUCCAAGCGAGUCCUCGCCUUUCCACCUCAUCCUUCGUCAGCCCCCACAGGAAGCCUGACAUAUCCGGCCUGCGGACCUUCUCGGACGCCAGCUCCAAGUCGGGCUCGGAACCGGAAAGGAGCACCCCGUCGUCGUGCGAGAGCGACGACAGACUGCCGGGGUACAGAGCCGAGCAGGCGGCGUCUUCUCAGGAGGUCUCUCUCACCACGUACUUCAACGUGGACAACUGCAUGACGGAAACGUACCGUCUCAAGUACCACAACCAGAGGCCGCUGCUGCUGUCGGCCACGGUGCCGCGAGCAGCGGGCGCAUCGGAGCGAUGGGACGCCGCUCUCGCUGCAGACACGCCAGAUGUGCAAAAAGCCAAACCCGAAUCAAGCAAUACGAGCAAUAAGCCCACUGCAAAAUGGAACCCGGUGACAGCCAAAGGCCUGGAUGAACGAGGCUUUUUAUGAGGCGACCUUUUGUUUACAUGCAUGAACCGUGUGGUCACAUGAGAUUGAAACUGGAUGCCAAAGAGUUUACGAAGUGGGAAUGCACCUGCUGAACAAAAGUAUUGGGACAGCGGCCCAUUCUGCAGCAGGGGUGUCCAAACUUGCCAAAAAAUUGUAGAAUAUGUACGAGGGGCGGUACUUUGAUACAUUGAUUUUGUACAUUAAUACUGCAAAAAACAAUGCAAUGAAGGGCAAGCUAUGCUAAGUUAUUGGAAGCAAACCUUAGCUUUUGUUAUCGCCGAAAUAGUGUAAAUAUCUCUCUGAUGAUGAAUUAAUUUAGUUUUUACAUGAGAAAAACCGACUCGUGCGUCUUCGGGCCGCACUUUGGACACCCCUGACCUACAAGAAAAUAUGAAGAGUUAAUGUGUAAGAAUCGAUUGUCCUUGUUUUGAGGAAAUCAAUGUUUUUUGAAGCACUUUUUGAUGAAAAAGCCAUCUUUGUGAUGUGGGUUGCAAUUAGAUCGUUUCUAACGACCAAAAUUGAUAGUCUCCAUUUGAAAACUGAACUUUUAUCACAAAAAUGUAAUCUUUUAAAUUUUGUACAAAUUUUGCAGCAAAAACAUACGUCUAAACGUUUCUUUGCAAAAACAGAGUAAUGCGUAUUGGUGCCCUGAAAACAGAUCAUUUUGUUCACUGUAAUAAAUGUAUUCCAUCCAAACAAACACCUUACACUGACCGCUGCAUCUCGACAUUGUACCAUUGACUGCUGCGUCAAAAGACAGCAACAGCAGAAUAAACACAUGACUCAGUUCAUCAUUGGAGAAAGUAGGCGCUACACACAUAUCCUAUGCUUUAUGUACACAGGCAAUAGGCGGCAUUUUUCCCACCGCACUGUCGACAUUUCUUGCUCUCACAGAUUUAUCAGGACAGCGUCUCUUUUUGCGCCAACUCGGCGAGGGCACCAUCCGCUCACAGAUUUCAUCAAAGUUACUCAUUAUUGACGCUUUAAUUUAGUUACAGUCACGGCAAAACAGACGCGAAACGAGCGAACAUGUGCCUUUGCAGCACAUGUUUGUGCUGCAAAGACAGCAGGGCGCUUGUCGCUUUCUGAAGUAAAACGGAAUAUUCAGCAGUUAAAUGCGAAAGAAGAUAAGUCGCUUUUGCGGAAAGUUCGAUUUUACCUACCGGUAGACAAUGGUGUAAAUUAGGGGUUGUUCUCAAACUUAACCUUUUUGACCUCAGCGCCCAGCUUUUCCCACUUAAAUAUCACCACUAAAUUAGUAAUCUUACUCUUGAAUUUAAUCGUAUUCAAUAAUUAUAUCUAGCAUGGCAUUAGUUUAACAUGAUUAACCCUUUCAAAUGAUAUGAAAGCAUGUGUUCAUCACAAAUAUUAUUAUCAAUUCUUAGGUCAGGCUGAUUGCAAAAAUAUAUACUAAUCAAAUAUACUGCAAAAGAAGGGACUCAAAAAACUGAGAAAAAAUAAAUUUACAUACAAUUAAGCAGCGCUAUAAUAAAUACCUUUAAACUAAAUGAAUAAUGAACAAUAACAUUCAUGUACUUGUAAAUAAACUGUCAAUAAAAUGUGAGUGCAAAUGAGAAUACAGCGCCAGCAUUUUAGUCAUAAUUUUUGCGCUUAAAAUACAUUUCUCUUUGACCAAGUACUAUCUAUCUAUCUAUUUAGCUCUAGACUUCUUCUCUUUGUUUGAGAUUGUCAUUACUGCCACAAGUGGUGGAAAAGUGUAUUACAGCUGAGAAAGCGAUAUUUUUGACGGCCCUGUAGGGAGCUCUCGCGCCCCAUCAAUGAGUGGUUAAAAAACAUUGGUGUACUGUGAACUAAUUAGUGGUACUCACAAGUAAAAAUACGCAAAAUGGCUUUUUUUUUGUUUUUUUGCGCAUGAACUCUUCAUAUAGAUCCCUUUUGCAGCUAUGCAAGGUUAAUAGCUGGCGUAUGUCCAUUUGUGAGGUCAGAGGUCACCGGCGUUGGACCUGAGAGAGGGCUCGAAAUCUCAGUACGAGUUCAUCCAACGGUGAUUUAUGGGCUUCCGCACCAAACUCAUCCAAGCAUGCCUUUGUGGCCCUUGCUUUGUUUAUGCACUGGGAACAGACAUAGGGCCUUCCCAAAGUGUCCCCACAAGUGUUCAAUCGUUUGUGAUGACAAAUUUCAUUGAGAUGUGUCCCAAGACUUUUGUCCAUACAGCGUAUGCCGUGACACCCCCAAAAUGUAUUUAUGCAAGCUCGUCACUUAUAAGUGAAGCCUCGUUUAAAUAUGAAAGAUGUUCUGUAUGGCUUUAUACAUUAUUAACACUCCUUUCUCACACACAUUGUCUUCCACUUUUGCUUUUCACCAACGUCUGGACACUUUAUAUGUCGCACUGAAGCUCUUUCAAUCCCAUUUUGUUGUGGGAACAUGUUUAUUUUUUUAUUCGCCCUAUAAACAUGGAGAGGUGCUGUGGAAUAGAACACAAGGGUUUGGAGUUGUUAUAUGAUUGUCAAGGAAUAUGAUGUCCUAAGUUCUCAGCCAGAAUCGAGCAAGUGUACAGUGGAUCCGUGCAUAUUCGCCAUUCAGCGUUCACAUCCCUGCAAAUUGGCAGAUUCUUUAUCCACCCAAAAUUGUUUUAUAGUUUUUUACUGUUGUCAAAUUACUGGUUGUAUUUUUUCUCCAAAAUUAAGUUGUUUUUAAGUAUUUUUUUUUUUUGCAGAAUAUACUUGUCAUUCACUCUGAGUCAGUAAUCAUUUAUAAAUACUGCAGCUUAGGACCGCAUGUCACAGCUAGCCGUCAGGCAGAUUGACGUGGCACUACCAGUGUUGCCAACUGUUAACAAGCAAUUAGCGACAAAUCUACAGACUUUUUUUUUAGAUGUUUUGAAGUCAUGAAAGCACUUUUCUCCCUGCAGUAAAAGUCCUCAAUGAGCAGCAAGUGCUUUCAUUAACCCCGUGUACUGUCAGGUUGACAGUAGCCUCACGCAGCAGUCCCAGCUUCAGUCAGAGCAGACCGCAAAUGAAAUACCCGCUGUUUCCGCCAUAGUUUACAGAGCAAAAUGUAAAUGUCGAUUUUAUUCACGCUAAAAUAAAUCAAUGCAACUUCCCAAUCUGUGGAGUGAAAUUACUGGCAAAACUCCAGAAACACAAUUUUUUUUACUCAUGCCCAACGAUUCACAAGUAAAAAAAAAACUGUUUUGUUCAAUUAUAAAACAUUGCGCAAGUAAAAAAAACAACAAUUCUGCAAGUUAAAAAAAAUUUGCUGCAAGUAAAAAAAAGAUUCGCAAGUAUAAAAACAACUUUCUGCAAGUAUAAAAACAAUUUUCUCUAAGUAAAAGAACACCUCGCAAGUUAGAAAAAAGUAGUUUUUCAAUUAAAUAAAACAUUUUGCAUUUAAAAAAAACUAUUUUCUGUGAGAAAAAAAAGAUAACAUUUUCUGCAAGUACAAACAUAUUUUUGCAAGUAGAAUGAUUAGCAAGUAAACAAAAAUUUUGCAAGUAAAAAAAAAUAGUUUGCAAGUAUUAAACAAUUUUCUGCAAGUAUAAAAACAAUUUUCUGCAAAGAUAAAAACAAUUUUCUGCAAGUGAAAGAACAAUUCGCAAGUAAAAAUUACUUUUUUUUAUAUUUAAAACAAUUUUUUUUAAAUUAAAAAACGUUUUGCACAUAAAAAAAAAUUAUGCAAGUAAAAAAAAGAUUGUCACUUAUAAAAACAGUUUUCUCCAAGUAUAAACAUGCCCAACGAUUCACAAGUAAAAAAAAAAACAGUUUUGUUCAAUUAUAAAACAUUGCGCAAGUAAAAACAACAACAAUUCUGCAAGUUAUAGACAAUUCGCUGCAAGUAAAAAAAAGAUUCGCAAGUCUAAAAACAAUUUUCUGCAAGUAGAAAAACUAUUUUCUCUAAGUAAAAGAACACCUCGCAAGUUAAAAAAAAAAGUAGUUUUUCAAUUAAAAAAACAUUUUGUAUUUAAAAAAAACUAUUUUCUGAGAGAAAAAAAUAUUACAUUUUCUGCAAGUACAAAAAUAUUUUUGCAAGUAGAAUGAUAAGCAAGUAAACAACAAUUUUGCAAGUAAAAAAAAAUUGUUGUAAGUAUUAAACAAUUUUCUGCAAGUAUAAAAACAAUUUUCUGCAAAGAUAAAAACAAUUUUCUGCAAGUGAAAGAACAAUUCGCAAGCAAAAAUACCUUUUUUUUCUAUUUAAAACAAUAUUUUUUUUCAAUUAAAAAACGUUUUGCACAUUUAAAAAAAAAUGCAAGUAAAAAAAAGAUUGUCACUUAUAAAAACAGUUUUCUCCAAGUAUAAACAUGCCCAACGAUUCACAAGUAAAAAAACCAGUUUUGUUCAAUUAUAAAACAUUGCGCAAGUAAAAAAAACAACAAUUCUGCAAGUAAAAAAAAAAAAUCGCUGCAAGUAAAAAAAAGAUUUGCAAGUAUAAAAACUAUUUUCUGCAAGUAUAAAAACAAUUUUCUCUAAGUAAAAGAACACCACACAAGUUAAAAAAAAGUAGUUUUUCAAUUGAAAAAAACAUUUUGCAUUUAAAAAAAACUAUUUUCUGUGAGAAAAAAAAUUACAUUUUCUGCAAGUACAAAAAUAUUUUUGCAAGUAGAAUGAUUAGCAAGUAAACAAACAUUUUGCAAGUUAAGGUAUUAAACAAUGUUCUGCAAGUAUAAAAACAAUUUUCUGCAAAUAUAAAAACAAUUUUCUGCAAGUGAAAGAACAAUUCGCAAGUAAAAAUUACUUUUUUUUUGUAUUUGAAACAAUAUUUUUUUUCAAUUAAAAAACGUUUUUUAUAUUAAAAAAAAUUAUGCAAGUAAAAAAAUGAUUUUCACUUAUAAAAACAGUUUUCUCCAAGUAUAAACAUUAUUUUCUGCAAGUAAAAGAACAGAUCGUGAGUAAAAAAUAUUCAAUUAAAAAAAAAUUCUACAAGUAAAAAAAAAAAGCUUUGCAAAUAUAGAAACAAUUUUCUGCAAGUAUAACAAAAAAUUUCUGUAAGUAAAAGAGCGAAUUGCAAAUUUAAAAAAUGCUUUUCUGCAAGUAAAAAAAAGAUUUUCUGCUAGUUAAAACUUUGGCAGUAAUAUUCCACACUUGCACUCAGAGUACCAGUAUUUCGCAAUCUACAACAAAGGGGAACAAGCUAAACCUGUAAGUUUACACUUUCUUCUGUCCGCCAUUUUGCUCAUCACCCUGCUAUUUUUUUUUAAAUACUUUUGGCGACGGCAUCCAUGCGCAAAAAAACCUAGCUCUAACCGCCUUAAAUUGACUCAGCAGCGCCACCUGUCAUUGUAGACUACAAAUUACGGGUGCUCAGAGUGCAAGUGUGUGGAUUGUGCAAGGUGGAGUAUUACAUCCAAAAGCUUUAACUUGAAGAAAAAAAUGUUAUACUUUAGUUAAUUGAGAUAAUGUAAAUUAUUAUCAGGAACACAGUGGAAAGUAACUAAAUCAUUGAGAUAUUGUCUAAAUUCAACGUGAUUGGUGGGAACUAUUUUUUCUUCCGCCAAGAUAAGUACGCAAUGUGCAAGCGCAGCGGCACGCUCAGUCAUUCGGUCUGUCAUUUGUUUGUUUAAGAAAAUUACUGGCAAUUAAAAUGAGUCACUUCGUUUGAUAAAACAGCAAGUGUAUGUGUCCUUUUAUGAUAGGCUAUUAGGAGUCUCUACAAACAGCCUUGAAUAUGAAUGAGAUAACGCAUUCAGUGCGGAAUAACGCCGUCAUUUGUUUGGCCCCGUGAUUUUUUUUUUUUAAAGAUGAUUCCCCAAAAGCAGCAACACUUGAAAUACACUACUUUUUAUAUUUUACCGUACACAUUAGGUAUAUUUGCACAAAGUAUCGGUAUCGGAUCGAUAUCGCCAAUACCAGCCUGAAUUCCAUGCGAUAUCGGAUCGGUAAAGAAAAUCAAUAGUAUCGCACAUCAUUCAUUACCUUCCAGUCUUUUGAUCAGAUUUGAUACUCUUGACAAUUACUCUAACAAGGCAGAGCAAACGUUAUUCAAAUUCAAAGGAGAAAAAUAAUCUAUUAAAGUUCUAAUCCAAAUGAGCAUUUUUCAAAACGCACUUUUUUAAUCUCUCCUCGGACGUUAUUCUUCUUUCCUGCAGCGUCUAUUGCGAUGCAAUAUGCAAAUGAAGCCAUGACGUCAUCUAGCGACUUUUAGGACAGCCAAUAGCGACUUUCCUACCUGAGGAGUUGGCAACACUGAGCAGACAGAAGUGCUGUUGUAGCGCUAGCUUGACGGCUAGGCUAAAAGCUGAGUCAUACUCGGAUUCCAUCUGUUCUAUCGAUCAUCUUUUGUUAUCAUUCGUUAGUGGUGAGUACAUUUUUUUAUCUAAACUACGGUCAUUAGGUGUGUGAGAUCUAUUUGGGGAUUAAAAGGGGUUGUUUGCAACUUGCUCGCUGUUACAUUUUUCAAAUCAAAAGAUAUAACACCACCAGCUAGCUUAUAGUAGCAUUAGUGGAUUAACAGAACACAUCUAACCGUUUUUUUUAAAUGCCUAUGUUUUUCACAUUUAAAAACUAAAUGAAAUAAAAACAUUCCCAUCAGCCCAAGAAAUGUGUCUGGUGUUCAGGUGGGUCAUAUAUUCAAUAUAAUGGUGGCUGUGAGCUAACUAAAUUGCUAUCAUUAGCUAACAUCAUGCGAUGAGUUGGCGACUUGUCCAGGUUGUACGCCUCCUUCCGCCCGAUUGUAGCUGAGAUAGGCUCCAGCGCCCCCCGCGACUCCGAAGGGAAUAAGCGAUAGUACAUGGAUGGAUGGAUGUAGGGCUGGGCGAUAUGUCGAUAUACUCGAUAUAUUGCGGGUUUGUCUCUGUGCGAUAUAGAAAAUGACUAUAUUGUGAUAUUCGAGUAUAUGUUCUCACGCAGUUGCUUUUAGCUGCGGGCAUAUCACUACAGACUCUCGUAGCUCUUUCCUGUGUCUCCUCACAGACAGACAAGCGCACCUUCUUACACACGUUUCAUACUGUCACAUCAUAUGUCACAUACGUAUACGCCCUCGCGCAGCAAAGAGGUAGCAGCAUGGGUAACGUUAGCUGUGAUGCUAACGGAGUGGUGCGAGUGGUAAUACGAGAGAGAGAAGGUGCGAAUCUGGUGACAAAUGAAGGAAAAAUUAAUUCCCCCAAAAAACAGCAGGGGGUCCAUCGUCUGGCGGUGGUUUGGCUUCAAGUGGGAAUAUGUCGAACAGACAACCGUAAUUUGUCAAGUGUGGCGCGAAAGCGUUGCUAUAAAAAGUAGCAUUACUGCUAAUAUGUAGCAUCAUUUGAAAAGUCACAUGCUAGAGAAUGAAGAGUGCUUACUCCGCAUGUCAACAUCUCCGUUCGGUGCCACACGCCCACACCAUCAAAAUGCAGAGGCAAACAUUUCCAGAUC